AUGUUCAGUUGUCAGUUAGUCGCAAACCGACGCUCAGUGGGAAUGGAGUUCACCGAAAAGGUCGUCCUAAUAACAGGUGCUAGUUCAGGCAUUGGAGCGGCUUGCGCCGUACGAUUCGCAAGGGCUUCGGCUAAGCUGUCGCUCGUUGGACGGAACAAGGAAAACCUAGAAAAAGUGGCAGAGCUCUGCGAAACAGCAAGUGAGUCUCAUCCACUAACAAUAAUAGGCGAUAUCACGUCGGAGGAAGACGUGAAAAGAAUUGUGACAACCACGAUAGACCACUACGGUCGAAUUGACGUGCUGGUGAACAAUGCCGGUAUCACCUUAAUGGCCAGCAUUCAAGACGGCGUAGAACCUCUUGACCGUAUCAUGACAACGAAUGUACGGGGGACGUAUCUGCUCACGCACCAUGUUAUACCAUACCUCGUGCUUACCCGAGGGAACAUCGUCAAUGUCUCCAGUGUACUCUCGACCACGCCGAUGACGUGUAUGACGCCGUACUGCAUGUCCAAAGCUGCUCUGGACUGUUUGACCAAAUGCCUUGCAUUAGAACUGGCCAGUAAAGGUGUUAGAGUGAACGCAGUUAACCCAGGCCCAGUGAAGACUAACUUGUUCACGAGGGCUGGCUUAAGCAGUGAGUUCAGCGACGCGCUCUUCGCCAGCUUCUCCGCUGCCUUGCCCCUCAAGAAGAUAUGCGAGUGCGAGGAUGUUGCUGAACUGGUCACGUACCUCGGUAGCGACAAAGCGAGCAGUAUUACUGGAAGCUGCGUGGUAAUGGACUGCGGGGUGAGCCUCGGUGACUCCGAGAAGAAAAUCGAAAUCCGGUCAGAGUCAGCUGCCGAACAUAGGUCACAGACUACCACGAAGAACGAACUAACUGAAAAAUUUAUUGCUAUUAGC